CUGGAAGGAUCCCGUCUGCUUCCUGAAAACCGUCGAAUGGAAAUCGUAUCUGCAACCAUAUCUUCAGCUGAUUUCAGUGGCAUUUCUGGUCCAUUAGAAGCUAAUGAAACUUGUCAGACUUAGUUAGUGUUAGCAGUGACUCAACUGUGUAUCUAUGAACGUCCUUCGAGGACAAAUCGAUGGAAAACGGCAACAGAGAAGAACAUGUUGAUGGUCGCGGAGUCGAAGAUGACUCCACUGACAGUGAGCUAGAAGAGUUAAACGCUUACGUACCUCUAGACAUCCCUCCUCGAGAUUUUUCAAGGCGUCUUGUAAGAAGCCACUCAGAACCGCAGAAGACCUCUACGAGAAACAGAAUGGAACAUUCGUUACGGAAAGGUGCCCACUCGCCUCCCAUUAUUCAGAAACAACGAAACAAAGUUGUCACUCAGAUUUUACCAAGAAAUGUUCAGGGUGGCGACGCCGCCGAUAAAAUUACGCUGGUAGUGGACGAUACACGUUUUAUCGUCGAAAGAUCGCUAUUUAUUGCUCAUCCAAACACCAUGUUGGGAAGAAUGUUUGGUUCAACAAUGGAAUACACAACCCGAAAUGAAAAAGGGGAAUAUGAAGUUGCAAGAGGCAUUUCUGCAAAUGUCUUCAAGUGUAUUCUGGAUUACUACAAGACAGGUCUGAUCAACUGUCCACCAAGUGUACAAAUCCCAGAACUUCGUGAAGCAUGUGAUUAUCUGCUUAUACCAUUUAAUGCUCAAGUGGUCAGAUGUCAGAAUUUAAGGGAUCUUCUUCAUGAACUGUCAAAUGAUGGUGCUAAAAACCAGUUUCAAUAUUUUGUGGAGGAGUACAUUCUACCUGUUAUGGUUUCUUCUGCAAAGAAAGGUGACCGUGAAUGUCAUAUAGUGAUCCUUACUGAUGACGAUGUGGUGGAUUGGGAUGAAGAGUAUCCCCCCAGUAUGGGAGAGGAAUACACUCACAUUGUGUAUUCAACAUCUCUGUACCGAUUCUUCAAGUACUUUGAAAACCGUGAUGUGGCCAAAGAAGUACUGAAGGAAAGAGGCCUCAAGAAAAUCAGGCUUGGAAUAGAAGGUUAUCCCACUCACAAGGAGAAAAUCAAACAGAGGCCAAACGGAGGGAGGCCUGAAGUGAUUUAUAACUAUGUUCAGCGACCAUUUGUGCGUAUGUCAUGGGAGAAAGAAGAAAGCAAGAGUCGUCAUGUUGACUUCCAGUGUGUUAAAACUAAGACUGGAACCCCAGGGCUGGUGGAGGCUGUAGAUGAGCCUGCCGCCUUAGCAGCAGCUGGUGCUGGACCUCACCCCCCAGCUGCCAUACUGGGUGCAGAUCCUGAAGACAUUGAGUAAUAUCCUGAGCAUUAUGUUAUCAGGCAUCAAGCAUUGCUAUACAGUAGCUGUUACACUGUUUAUCAACAGCCAGCAGUUGAAAUGUUGGCAAGCCAAGUUUUGUCUUGAUUACAAAAUAUUGGCUGUUAACAAAGAAUGGAGGGGUGACAUGUAAUGCUGCAAAUUUUCAACGUAUAGAAGUUGUGUGUAACCAUGAUAUCAGUGUUCUCCAGAGAUUUCUUAGUCAACAGACCUUAUGGAAAAAAAAACACUAGGCACAAAAAAUUAAAAUUUGUUUCAGAUCAAGAUAAUAUAUAUGUAUUUUACUGAUUUGUCUAGUUGAAAUAGCUGGUGCUUCUGAAACAUGCAGUUGGGAAAAACACUAGUGAGCCACUUUUCUUUUGGAGAACACUUUGAUAUUGGUUAAUUAUUUGCAGGAAAAUUCCAUCAUUGCUCUAAAUGAAUAGAGGCAUAGAAAAUUUAAGUCUGUUGCGCAAAUGGCCUUUAUGCUACAAUUUUUGCUCUAAUUGUGGUGUGAGAGGCAAAUAAAGGAUUCAUUUUUAUAAAGCGAAACUACAAGAUAUCAUAGUUAUCCUGAUAAAUAUUUGGAAAUACAGACAACUGAAGGAAUUCCUUUCAAUUAAAAAAAAUUCUUUAUGAGAAUUUUUAUAAUUGGUGAUGUUGUAAUUGUGGGACAUUUCGAAAUAGAUGUGUUGUUGUAGUAAUUCUUUUGGCUGUGGGAUUUUAUUUUAAGUGCUGCAGUCAAU